AUGGGGACGGUAUUCACUAAACUCUUAAUACCUGAUAAGUAUUGGACGGAUGCUGGCUUGCGAUGGAAUCCCUCCGACUUUGGUGGACAGACCCAACUGGUUGUCUCGUCGGACAUCAUAUGGAUGCCAUACAUACAUGUGAUCAAUGGGCCCGACAUAUUGAGUACCAGGUCAAUUCAAAAGUCGUCGACUGUAUAUAUCGUGGCCUCCGGUGCCGUCGAGUAUUGGCCGAAAACACAGCUCAGGAGUUACUGCGAGACGGAUCUGACGGACUACCCGUCCGAUCGGCACACUUGUCAAGUGGCUGUCGGUACUUAUUAUAGGGAUAAAUAUGUGGAUAUCUAUCAUUACGACGAUCUCACUGGUACUGACCAGGAUACUUACCUGGCAGCUAAUACAGUGAAACAUGUGAACCCGGAGUGGGAAUUCAUAUCAGCUAAAGAUUUUAUUAUCCAGGACAACGAUAUGAUCAAAGUGAUUCCGAAACGAAAGCAAUCGCUUUUGUAUUACUUCAUCACAACACCGAUAAUAGUGGCGAUCAUUAUAUCCAUAGUCGCCAUCACUUUCCCCCCAAACUCUGUCAAAAGAUACCGAUUAAUAGGACUGUCGGUAACCAUACUCUUUGUUAUACUGACGUCCCACGGAUUGAAAUGCAUUACGCAAAAUAUCAAUAAAUAUGGUGUUUAUCUCAAUGAUGACAAUGUGUUCAGUAGUGAUGAACAGAUUAUUUGCGAUGACAUCACCAUUACAUCCAAU